ACACAGGCUUCGUGCAGCGCAACUCUCAGUUCGGGCCCCAGCAGGGAGGCCCAUCGGCCCUCUCGCCCCGGCCCUCCCCGGCCGGGCCCCAGAUGCACGCGGCCGCCCUGGGGCCUUACCCGCCCUCCGGGGGCCCGGGGGGGUACCCUCCCCAGCCAGGGGGAGGCUUGUACGGACCGCAGCAAGGAAACUACCAGCGCCCGUCCGGCUACGGCAACAUGCCCAACGCGGCGGCCUACGCCGGCACGGGCCCCGCCAUGGGCAUGGCCGGCAACAGCAGCAUGCAGGCCUCGGGGCCCGCCCAGGCCUACGGCGGCAUGGGAGCCAUGGGCCGGGGCCCGCCCUCGGGCCUGCAGGGCCGGCCCUACAACCAGGCCAUGGGCGGCCCCGCCAACAGCGUGCCCGGGCACGCCGGCCUCUCCUCCAUGGUGCCGAACAGCGCCAUGGGCGGCGGCGGCGGCAGCGGCCACGGCCUGGGCAGCAACAGCAUGGGGGGGGGCGGAGGAGGAGGGGCGGGGACGCCGGGCCCAGGUCAAGGCCCCGGGGUCGUGGGCCAGGCGGGCGGCCUGCCCAUGGCCGCCGGGGGCAUCGCUCUGGGUCAGGGCAGCGUCGGGAUGGGGCCUCCCUCGUCCGGCAUCAACCGCAAGGCGCAGGAGGCGGCCGCAGCGGUCAUGCAGGCGGCGGCCAACUCGACGCAUACCAGGGCGCAGUACAGCCGCCCUCAGCCGCAGAGCUACCCGGCCCAGCCCGGCCCCACCGUGCGGCCCAUGUACCCGCCACAACACCCCAACUACGGCAACGCCCAGGCGCAGGCCGCCAUGCUGCACCAGCACGAGCAGUACGGGCAAAGCGGCUACCAGGGCAUGAACCAGGCGGGAGGAAUGAUGGGCGGAGGCUCUCCUUACGGGCAGCAGCAGCAGCAGCUGAGCGGGGGCGGCCCGACCAUGAUGAAUCAAGGGGGCCCACCCUACUCCGUCCCAGGGCACAUGGGGCCCAACUCCACAGGAAACUCAGGCCCCCCCCAGCACAUCAUGUCCCCCCCGGGGACCCCGGGGAUGACCCCGGGGCCCGAGGGAGGCAUGGGCCUCCAGGACGGGAAGACCCCUCCUCCACCGCCCAGCGAGAACAAGUCUAAGAAGUCCGGCUCGUCCACGACGACGGGCGAGAGCAUCAGCCGCCUGUACGAGCUGGGCUGCGAGCCCGAGCGCCGCCUCUGGGUCGACCGCUACCUCUCGUUCAUGGACGAGCGUGGCACGCCGGUGCCCGCGCUGCCGGCCGUCGGGCGCAAGCCGCUCGACCUCUACCGCCUCUACGUGUCGGCGCGCGACAUCGGCGGACUCACGCAGGUGAACAAGUGCAAGAAGUGGCGCGAGCUGGCGACGGGGCUGGGCGUGGGCACGUCGAGCAGCGCCGCCAGCUCGCUCAAGAAGCAGUACAUCCAGUUCCUGUUCGCCUUCGAGUGCAAGGUGGAGCGCGGCGAGGAGCCCCCCUCCGAUCUCAUCAACCCGCCCGUGCCGGCCGACACCAAGAAGCACGCCGCCAAGGUGCAGCCGCCGUCGCCAGCCGGCUCGGGCUCCAUGCAGGGGCCCCAGACGCCGCAGUCGACCAGCAGCUCCAUGACGGAGGGGGCGGCCGAGAUGAAGCCCCCCACUCCGGCAUCCACCCCGCACAGCCAGCCGCCCCCCACCGCGGGAAACAGGAACAGCACCAUCAGCCUGCAGGACCCCUUCUCGGAGAACGGGGACCCGGCCUUCCAGCGCCGCAACGCACUCACCCCCAACCCCACCAACGCCCCUUACCACAGCCUCACCCCGCCCGCCGGUGCGGGGCCCGACGCGCUGGCGCGGGCCGCCUACGAGCAGGGCCGGGCGGAGGGGCAGUACGGUGCCCCCCGCGACCCCCGCGACCCUCGCGACCCCCGCGACCCCCGAGACCCCUACAACCCCAUGCGCAAAGCGGUCCCCGUGCCCGACCCGUACGGCUCCCAGGGGCCGUCGGCCCGGCUGCCUCCCGACCCCUACGGCCGGGGGCCUCCCACGGGUCUGGCCGGCCUGGGCAGCAUGAGCCAGAGGCACCCGUACCCCUACGCGCCGGGCUACGACCGCCGGGCAGAACACGCGCUGUCGGUGGAGGCCGGAGUGGGCCCGGUAAACCCGCUCGUCCCGCCGUCCGUGGCGGACCCCGGGAUGUACUCCCCCGGGGGGCGCGGGCCCCCCCAGCCCAGGCACGACAACUACGGACAGCCGUACCCGGGGCAGGGCCCCCACCAGGGCCAGCCGCCCUACCCCCCGCCCGGCCAGCACGCAAUGUACCAGCAGCAGCAGCAGCAGCCGCAGCCACAGCCGAACUAUAAGCGACCCAUGGAGGGCAUGUACGGCCCGCCGGCCAAGCGGCACGAGAGCGAGGCCUACGGCCUGGCCUACCCGGCCCAGCCGCCCUCCGACCCCUACGCGGGCUACCCCGUGCCGGGGGCCGCGGGGGCCUACGGGGACCGCCGGCCGCCCCCCACGCACGCCCCGGCCCCCGCCAGCCAGUUCCCCUUCGGCUACGCGCCGCCCGACCGCGCGCCCCCGCAAGCCCCCCAGGCCAUCGUGGGCGCCGACUCGGGCCCCCCGCCGGCGCAGGGGUCGGCGGGGGGGCAACCGGGCUGGGGGCCGGCGCGCGCCGGGGGGGGGCCGGCGACGGGCGGCCCCGGGGACGCGGCGUACCCCCCCUACCCGAGCCGCCCGCCCUCGCAGGCCCCGCCGUACCCGGGGGCGGCGGGGGGCGGCCGCGGCGCGGGCGAGGACGGGGGGGCCCCCGCGGGGGAGCCGCCGGGCCCGCGGGCGCCGGGCGAGUGGCACUACGCGCAGAGGCCCGCGCCGUACGCGGCGACGCCGGCGCCGCAGCCCCACGGCCACGCGACGCCCGGCCAGAGGCCUCAGUACCGCACGGCCGGCCCCGCCGGAUACCCGCAGGUGUCUCCGAGCAAGCCGCCGUACCUCUCCGCCGGCGGCGUGCGGAUGCAGAAGGUGGGGCCCCCCGUGCCGGCGUCGCAGCUGCCGGGGGGCGGGCCCCCCGCGCCGCUCGCUCUGCUGCCCCCCCCGCGCAAGGACCCCCCCUUCCCGCCGGGAUGCGUGGAGGCGACGCAGGCGGCCGUGAAGGCGCGCCGCCGCCUCACCGCCAAGGACGUGGGCACCCCGGAGGCGUGGCGGGUGAUGAUGUCGCUCAAGUCGGGCCUGCUGGCGGAGAGCAGCUGGGCACUGGACUCCAUCAACGUGCUGCUGCACGACGACGCCACCGUCGCCAGCUUCAGCCUCUCGCAGCUGCCCGGCCUGCUGGAGCUCCUCGUCGAGUACCUGCGCCGCUGCCUCAUCCACAUCUUCGGCAUCCUGCGCGAGUGCGAGAUCGGGGGUCGCGCCGCUUACGACGACGACGACGACGACGAGGAGGAGGAUGAGGAGGAGGAGGAGGACGGCGAGGACGGCGCCGCGCAGGACGCGGAGGAGCACGCGGCCGCCUGGGCCGGCCACUGGGUCGACGACGACGACGAGGAGGAGGAGGGAGAGGAGGGAGAGGAGGGAGAGGGAGAGGAGGACCCGGGUUGGGACGAGGAGGAGCAGGAGGAGCAGGAGGAGCAGGAGGACGAGGAGGACGAGGAGGAGGAGGAAGAGGAGGAUGACGAGGCCUGCCCCGCCGGCCCUCCCGACGACGAUGUCAACGACGACGCAGGCGGUGACGGCGCCGUUGCCGCGAGGGCAAACGCCAACGAGCGGCCGCGGCGACGGGGGGGAGCGGCCGCCCCCCGCCGGCCGCCGGGGCCGUCCGCCGAGCGCAAGCGCAAGCAGGCGAGCCGCUUCGACCGGCGGCCGCUGGCGCUGGCUCUGGAGGACGCGGACGGGGCCUACGUGCUGGACCGCUCGGCCCGCCUGGGCCAGCCGCGGGAGUUCGACAGCGGCCUGCGGCACUGGCGGGUGGGCGGCGGCGACACCACGUGCCACAUCCAGACGCACUUCGAGCGCCGGGACGAGCGGCCCAGGAGCCCGGCGCCGCCGCGGCAACCGCAACAGUCACCGCAGCAGCAUGAGCAGCAGCAGCAGCAGCAGCAGCGACCGGCGCAGCAGCAGCGGCAGCAGAACGGGCCCGUGGAGGGCGCGCGGCCCAACGGCGAGAGCAACGGCGCGCGCGCGGACGGGGAGCCGGCGGGCGGGGAGGAGGGCGACGCGCCGCCCGUGCGGAACGGCACGGGCGGCGAGGAAGCGGCGGAGCGAGCGGCCGGGGGCGGCGAACCGGCGCCGGGCUCGCCGGACGGCGCCGGCCUCGCCCGGGGCAGCCCCAAGCCGGCGGCGAGGGCCGGGAACGACGCGGACCGCAGGCCGUCGGCCUCCAGCAGGCGGGAGACGGCGCAGCGGGGCCAGCGGCAGCAGCUGGGCCAGCAGCGGAAGCGGCAGCAGAUGCUGGAGGACGAGCCGCAGGGCCGCGACGAGGCGCCGCUGAGCCGCACGCGUCCCUGGCAGGAGUCGCUGGUGGGGCGCUGCGCCUGCGUCUCCAACAUCGUGCGCAGCCUGUCCUUCGUGCCGGGCAACGACGCCGAGAUGGCGCGCCACCCGGGCCUGCUGGUCAUCCUGGGCCGCCUCGUGCUGCUGUGCCACGUCCACCCCGACCGCCGGCCGCCGCUGCGCCAGUGCCGGCGCCCCCCGCCGGACGCCUCUGGCGACGAAGCGGGGGGGGACGCUCGCCGCCCCGCGGCCGCCGGCGAGCGGGGGCCGAAGGAGGAGCGGGAGGAACCGGCGGCGACGAAGGCCGAGAAACGGCCGGACGGCGACGACGGCGACGGCGCCGCGCGCGAGCCCGCCGACGGCGCCGGCAGGACGGAGCGGAGGCCGUGCGGCGGGGGCGACGCGUGGGGGGGGUGGGGGGCGUGGGCCCCGGCGUCCGUGGUGCCUGCCGCCUGGCAGGAGGAGUGGCUGCUGGAGUGCGUGGAGACGCUGCGCGAGAACGCGCUGGUGACGCUCGCCAACAUCGCGGGCCGCCUCGACCUGUCGCUCUACGCCGAGAGCGUCUGCCUGCCGGUGCUCGACGGCCUCCUGCACUGGGCCGUGUGCCCGGCGGCCGAGGCGCGCGACCCCUUCCCGUCGCUGGCGCCGUGCGCCGUGCUCUCGCCGCAGCGGCUCGCGCUGGAGACGCUGUCGAAGCUCGGCGUGCAGGAGGGCAACGUGGACCUCAUCCUCGCGACGCCGCCCUUCUCGCGGCUCGAGUGCCUCCUGAGCGCGCUGGUGCGCUUCGUGGCCGAGCGGCGCAACCCGGUGUGCCGCGAGAUGAGCGUGGCGCUGCUCGCCAGCCUCGUGCAGGGCGGCGGCGCCGACGGCGUGCCGGCCCGCGCCGUGGCGCGGCACAAGGGCACCGUGGGCAGCCUCGUGUGCUUCCUCGAGGACGGGCUGAUGGCUGCGCUGCAGCAGACGCAGCAGCAGACGCAGCAGACGCAGCAGCAGCAGCAGGCGCAGCAGCAGGGCGGCGGCGGGGGCGGAGGGGGCGGGGCGGCCGCCUCGCUGGAGCCGCCCAGCGUGGACAUGCUGCGGCGUGCCGCCGGCGUGCUGCUGGCGCUGGCCAGGCUGGACGGGUGCCGCGCCGAGUUUGUGCUGUACGAGGGCCGGCUGCUGGACAUCGCCAUGUCGCACAUCCUCAACCCCUACAUCUCCCCCGUCGUGGCCGACGUGCUUUACGUGCUGGGCCACACGUGACCCCCGCCCCGCCCCCCCUGCUACGCGCGGCCCGCCCCACCCCGUGUCCCCCGCCGCCCGCCCCUCGCCGGGCCCCGUGUCCCCGUGUGGUCUCGCUCGGGGGGGGGGGGGGCCCCGUGGCGUCGCUACCGGCCGGGCC